UGCUCUCUCUCUCUCUCUCUCUCUCACAGCUUUUGUUCAUUACAGCAUUUGUUCCUUCACAGCACCGCCAUUGAAGUGAGACUAGGAAGGACAGAGAGAGCUUCCUGAUUUCACCUAUUAUGCCUCCUCCACCCAGGCAUCAGCAACCGUAUUACCGAAACUAUUCCUCCUCCUCAUCAUCAGCAUCUCUCAAGGGAUGCUGCUGCUGCUUAUUCCUCCUCCUCGCUUUUCUCGCGCUUGUGGUGCUCGCGGUGGUGCUGAUCGUGAUGCUAGCGGUGAAGCCGAAGAAACCACAGUUCGAUCUGCAGCAAGUGGCAGUGAUGAACAUGGGAAUCACAUCCCCGGAUAAUCCCAACCCUAGCGUUACGGAUCCAACCACCGCCUCCCUCUCCUUCACAAUCCGCAUGCUCUUCACCGCCGGUAACCCGAACAAAGUCGGGAUCAGGUACGGUGAGUCAAGCUUCACGGUGAUGUACAAAGGCUUGCCGCUGGGGAGAGCGACGGUGCCUGGAUUCUACCAAGACGCGCAUACCACUAGGGACGUGGAGGCGACCAUUACUGUUGAUAGAGUGAAUCUUAUGCAAGGCAACGCGGCUGAUCUUGUCAGAGACGCUUCGUUAAACGACCGAGUUGAGCUCACUGUUAAAGGAGAUGUUAGCGCUAAGAUCCGGGUCAUGAACUUCGAUUCCCCGGGCGUUCAGGUAUCAGUGAAUUGCGGGAUAGGCAUUAGUCCGAGGAAGCAGGCUCUGAUUUACAAGCAAUGUGGCUUUGAUGGCCUCAGCGUAUAACUUCAAUUUAUAACAAUAGUACUGACCACUCCCUAAAACAUUGUGGAGUUGCGAAAAAAAGUUGAACUGGUAAAGAAACGGAAAAGGAUCCAUAUCGGAUUUUUUUUCUUUUGUUUUGUUUUAUUAUGUUCCUUUGUAUUCUGACCCCAAAAAAAAUGUUCCUUUGUACACGCGAUAUUUGAAGUAGUAACAGUGUUGUUUACCGAA